AAGAAGAAGGAGAAGAAGAAGAAGGAGAGACGCCACUGGGGGAGAAAAAAAAAUAUUCGAGCGUUAAUAGAGGAGAAUACAUGUUCGCUGUGGAGAGGGAGAGACGACAGCACAGCGAGAGAAAACCGAUUUGGACUUGAGAGCGGGGGUGAGGGCUCUCGAGGCAGAAAAUUUGAUGAUGACCAUGACUACGAUCGCUGACGGUCUGGAAGCUCAGGACUCGUCCAAGUCUGCUUUCAUGGAGUUUGGUCAGCAGUCUCACUCACAGCAGAGCUCCCCGUCGAUGGCCGCCAGCCACUACCCGUUGCACUGUCUGCACUCGGGUUCUCACCCUCACCACCAGCACGACAGCUCCCCGUACCCCGGGACCAACUCCUACAACAGGUCGUUACCCUACUCCUACGUGAGCCAUCCGCACCACAGCCCGUACCUGCCAUCAUACCACAACAACACGGGCGGCCAGACAAGGUUAGACGGCGCAGAGCAGCAGAAGACGACGGUGAUUGAAAACGGGGAAAUUCGUUUCAAUGGAAAGGGGAAGAAGAUCCGCAAACCUCGGACGAUUUAUUCCAGUCUGCAGCUUCAGGCCCUCAACCACCGCUUCCAGCAGACCCAGUACCUCGCGCUGCCGGAGCGCGCCGAGCUCGCUGCGUCUCUGGGCCUCACGCAAACACAGGUAAAGAUAUGGUUCCAGAAUAAGAGGUCAAAGUUCAAGAAACUGCUGAAGCAAGGCGGCAACCCGCAUGAGGGCGACCCCAUGGCCGGGUCUAUCGCCCUGUCACCGCGCUCCCCAGCCAUCCCUCCGAUAUGGGACGUCUCGGCCUCCUCCAAAGGAGUAAACAUGCCGGCCAACAGCUACAUGCCCGGCUAUUCCCACUGGUACUCAUCCCCACACCAAGAUGCAAUGCAAAGAUAGACUGGCAGAGGAGAAGAGGGCCAAGAAUCCUUUGGAUGUCCAUCAGUGCCCCCCCCCUCCUCACACGAUUGAUGUCCGUCAGCCUGCAGACUGAUCCACGGCCUAUCUGUAUUUGGCUGAUGUGCGCCCCCAGUUAAAGGCAUGACUGCUCCUCUCCUUGAAGGACGAACAGCAGAGCAAGCCUCCGCGAAACGACACAAGGGGGGCCAACCAUCAUAACGGCAUUAUAGCGUGGCUGUGCGGCGCGCUCGGCUUUAACACUUUCAUUCAUGUCAACGUGUGACCGUCAGUAAUACCAAAUAUAUAAGGGACAUUUCAACGAGUUCGGGCGAAAGACUGCGCACGUCCUUCCCGCACCCGCUGCGCCCAGAACACGAGUU